AUGGUCCUUUCAUCUGUCCUUGGUUUCCCCCGAAUCGGUGCCAACCGAGAGCUCAAGAAGAUCACGGAGUCCUACUGGGGCCAGAAGGCCUCUGUCGACGAGCUGUUCAAGGUCGGCAAGGAGCUCCGAGAGAUCAACUGGAAGAAGCAGAAGGAUGCUGGCGUCGACAUCAUCCCCUCCAACGACUUCUCUUUCUACGAUCACAUUCUCGACCACUCCCAGCUCUUCAACGUGAUCCCCGAGCGAUACGCCAAGUACAACCUGGCUCCCAUCGACACCGUCUUCGCCAUGGGCCGAGGUCUGCAGCGAGACAACGUUGACGUCCCCGCCCUGGAGAUGGUCAAGUGGUUCGACUCCAACUACCACUACGUCCGACCCACCUUCACCAAUGCCACCGAGUUCAAGCUCAACGGCCAGAAGCCCGUCGACGAGUACCUUGAGGCCAAGGCUCUCGGUAUCGAGACCCGACCCGUUCUCAUUGGUCCCGUUUCCUUCCUUGCCCUCGGUAAGGCCGACACUGACUCUCUCGACCUCGAGCCCAUCACUCUCCUCGAGAAGCUCCUCCCCGUCUACACCGAGAUCCUCCAGAAGCUGCACGCUGCCGGCGCCAAGACCGUCCAGAUCGACGAGCCCGUUCUUGUCCUUGAUCUGAACGAGAAGGUCCAGGCCGCUUUCAAGACUGCUUACGAUUACCUUGCCAAGCAGAAGGACAUUCCCGAGAUCACCAUUGCUACUUACUUCGGUGAUGUUCGACCCAACCUCAAGGCCAUUGAGGGUCUCCCCGUUGCUGGAUUCCACUUUGACUUUGUCCGAGUGCCCGAGCAGCUCGAGGACGCCAUCAAGCUUGUUGGUGACGACAAGACUCUGUCUGUCGGUGUCAUUAACGGCCGAAACAUCUGGAAGACUGACUUCGCCAAGGCCAUCAAGGUCGUUGAGCAGGCCAAGGAGAAGCUCGGUGACCGAGUUGUCGUUGCCACCUCCUCUUCUCUCCUCCACACCCCCGUUGACCUUGCCAACGAGCACAAGCUGGACCCCUCCAUCAAGGACUGGUUUGCCUUUGCCACCCAGAAGCUCGGUGAGGUUGUGACCGUCGCCAAGGCUGUUUCCGGCGCUGACGUCAAGGCUGACCUCGAGGCCAACGCCGCCUCUAUCAAGGCCCGAGCCGAGUCUCCCAUCACCUUCAACAAGGAGGUUCGAGACCGACAGGCCCAGAUCAACGAGGAGUGGAAGAACCGAAAGUCCGCCUUCCCCCAGCGACUCGAGGCCCAGAAGAAGCACCUCAACCUGCCUCUCUUCCCUUCCACCACCAUUGGUUCUUUCCCUCAGACCAAGGAUAUCCGAAUCAACCGAAACAAGUUCACCAAGGGCGAGAUCACCGCCGAGGAGUACGAGAAGUUCAUUGAGAAGGAGAUCCAGGAUGUUGUCAAGUUCCAGGACGAGGUUGGACUCGAUGUGUACGUCCACGGUGAGCCCGAGCGAAACGAUAUGGUCCAGUACUUUGGUGAGCGACUUAACGGUUACGUUUUCACCCAGAACGGAUGGGUCCAGUCUUACGGCUCUCGAUACGUUCGACCCCCUAUCAUUGUCGGUGAUAUCUCUCGAGCCCGACCCAUGUCCGUCAAGGAGUCUCAGUACGCCCAGAGCAUCACUAAGAAGCCUAUGAAGGGUAUGCUUACCGGUCCCGUCACCUGUCUGAGAUGGUCUUUCCCCCGAGACGACAUUUCCGACAAGGACCAGUCCGAGCAGCUUGCUCUUGCCCUCCGAGACGAGGUUCUUGAUCUCGAGAAGGCCGGCGUUUACGUAAUCCAGGUCGACGAGCCUGCUAUCCGAGAGGGUUUCCCUCUCCGAGACGGCCCUGCCCGAGACGACUACCUUAAGUGGGCCGUUGAUUCUUUCCGAAUCUCUACUGCCGGCGUCGAGGACUCUACCCAGAUCCACUCUCACUUCUGCUACUCUGACUUCAACCCCUCCACCAUCGUCUCUCUCGAUGCUGAUGUUGUUUCCAUUGAGUUCUCCAAGAAGAACGAGCCCCAGUACCUCAAGGACUUUGCUUCUUACCCCAACCAGAUUGGUCUUGGUCUCUUUGAUAUCCACUCUCCUCGAGUUCCUCCUCAGGAGGAGUUUGAGCAGCGAAUCGAGGAGAUUCUCAAGUUCAUCCCCAAGGAGAAGGUCUGGAUCAACCCCGACUGUGGUAUGAAGACCCGAAAGUGGGAGGAGACCAAGAAGCAGCUCACCAACAUGGUCAAGGCCAUUGAGAAGUUCCGAAACUAA